GUAAAUUCCGGAUCGAUAAGCUGUACAGGUUUUUAUCCUUGACACAAUAAUGUAUUUAUAAACAUGUGGUCAUGUUUGUUUCCGUAUCAACAUGUCUGAAAGGACAGAGGCAGCGGAAGCUUUGCAAGGUACCUCAUCACAAGAGAAGACCGAUGACACUGACACACUCCAGAUUGUCUUUGAAUACAUCGCUGUUUGUUUGUCUGCUUUACUUCUCCUUGUUACCUUCCCUUUAACAUUGCCGGGCAGUAUUAAGAUUAUACAGCAAUAUGAGAGAGGAGUAAAAGUGCGACUAGGGAGAGAUCGUAAAAAAGAACUUUUGAAACCAGGUGUUGUUUUCGUGUUUCCAUGUGUCGAUGAGUUGUGGCUUCAAGAUAUAAGAACCAAGUGUUACGAGACGCCGAAGCAACAGGUACUAACAAAGGACUCUGUCUCAAUCGAGGUAAAUGCCGCUUUGACAGUAGAUGUAAGGAAGCCGUACGAUUGUAUACUCGUAGGACAAGGGACGGAUAUAGUAAAGGGGAUGUCGACAAGAAGGGCACUGGCCUCAUUGCGAGCUGUCUGUGGAAAACUUACAUUAGCCGAGAUUAUAGAAGGAAGAGAAAAGGUUUCAAGACAGAUAAAGACAAUGAUGAAGAAACGAUGGGGUAGAUCAGUCGAAGUUACUAGAGUUGAGAUUAAGAACAUAAGUAUGCCGACGGAGAUGGAGAGAUCAAUGGCUAGCGAAGCAAUUAGCAGGAGACAAGCUAAAGCUAAGGUAUUAGCUGCUGAUGGAGAAAUCCGAGCGUCCCGUGUACUAAAAGAAGCAGCAGACAUUGUUUCGGCAUCACCAUCGGCCAUUCAGUUACGUUUACUUCAUACUAUGCUAAAUGUAUCAAAGAAAAACAACAACACAGUCGUGGUUCCUGUGCCUCGUGAGAUCACACAAAUGAUCAAAGAGAAGCUUUCAAAAGAAGUACGUGUGACACGAGUCAAACCACUUUGAUUUCAAACAUUCAGUACUGUAUUUACAAACUAGCUCUGAAGUUGAUAAAAAUCACUCAAGACAGCAACAUAUUACACACUCGCCUUGUAAGUGUGUAGUUUGUGUAAGAAAUCAGCGGUAUUUAUGAAACCAAUUUUCAUAGGUCAUUGUAUCUGCACAUGUCUGAUAUGUACCCAUAUAUGUAUCUAUACAGGAAACGAAAGUUUCCCUACUCAUGAUAAUUAUUAUUAUUAUUAGUCUUGACUGUAGUCCAAUUCAAAGUUGUGGAGACAAGGGAACAUUUCGUAACAAUACGUUCCAGAGAGAAUUGAUCAGUAAACUUUGAUUUACUAUUUAAAUCUGACUAGUUUUACAAAAUGCACCAGAUGAAUUUGUUUAUAAUCUAACUAUAGACGGAAGCUUGCUAAUGUCUGCAAAGACUCCCUUUUACGUAAUUAUGUUCCUGUGACUUUGGUCAAUUUAUUAUUUUCGUAUGACUAAACAUUGAAAAUAUUGCAAAACCAGUUAUGUCAACCACUGUUAUAUACCUGAAAUGUGAAAUUUUGUUUGCAGUUUAAUACACAUUAUUUAUGUAAAUAAGCAAGAGCAACAUUUUUUAACCCUUACCUUGCUGGACAAGAUUGUUUCUUCAUGCAGUCUGAUCUGACAUCCGUGCAGUCUGAUCAUGAUCUGCACUGUUCGCAAUUCAGUCGGUAUCUAUUUUUUUUUGGUAAUCACCCCUUUUUACGGUUAAUGGUACUGUCCAAAUUGGAAGAUGGACAAGUCCAUUUUAGAAAUUUAGCAGGUAAAGGGUUAAUAUACGAAAUCAGUCAUACCCUGAUUUUAUUUACAAUUGAUUUAUAGCGAAAUCGCUGUCAAAUUGUGCCUUUAUCAGCAUAUACUGAAAUAUUCCGUUGUUUGAUUAUUUUUUUUCCUUAGAAUAAGCAUUAAAUUGAAGUUUGUUUAUUUUUUCAAUCAUAUAAUUAUGUCUUUUUGCAAUAUUUAAGUUAAAACUUCAAAAUAUUGCAUACAGUUUAUAAUCUUAUCAGAUUUACCCAGUAUGAUAUUUUAUUGAUGCCAUUUAUACACAGAUCAGGCUCGUAGGAAGCGUUUUCAAAUGAGGGGGGGGGGGGG